AUGUCGCUGAAAGUCACCCAUCCUCGAAAACCACCACAAUCAAGUCACGACUCCCCAAUCUUUACUUACAACGUCUCGCCAUCGUUGCAAUCAUCACGUUCGAACAAUAACUCUAAUCGCAAUCUUUCGAUAUCUUUCCCAGUUCGACCCAAUAAACCAACCCCAACAUAUCGCUUUCAAUCAAUAGCCGCCGAUAACGUACCAGCUGUCAAUAGCGUAAAACCCAAAAAGACAUCACCAUCAGCGUCACCAUCUGAGCGUAAGGUUCGGCGUACAGUAACAAAACGCAGCAGUUUGCGUGAGGAAUCGUCUAUCGAGCAGAGGUUGGAUGUUAUCUGGAGAUUUUUCCUGGCCUUUGUGCUUGAGUUGAUGGGAGUAUGGUUCUUGUUCAUAAUGGCGCCGUACAGGUUCUCGGUUACGACCUUUCGGACUGUUGGAAAAUUGAUUGCCGUCGGGCCGGUGCUUAGCGUGUGA